AUGGUUGCGUUCAAAGCACUACUUCUUGAUAUUGAGGGUACUAUAACUAGUAUUUCUUUCGUUAAGGUUAAAUUGUCUCAAGUUUAUGACUAACUUUAUCGUUAAUAAUUUUCAGGAUGAAUUGUUUCCCUACGCUUUCGACAAUGUUGACAAAUACAUAGAAGAACAUUAUGAUGAACCAGCUCUUCAAAUAGUUCUAGAAGAUUUGAGACAACUAGCAAGAGAACAAUCACAACACGAUGCUUCAGUUGUGUAAGUUCACCCAUUUUCUAACCACUCAUGCAUAUUUGAAUAUUUCUAGCCGAGUUCGUGAACCGAAACAAAAUUGCAUUGAUGACGUGGCAAAGAAUGUAAGACAUUGGAUAAAACGAGAUAAAAAGUUAACACCAAUGAAAGCAUUGCAAGGAUUAAUUUGGGAAGAAGCCUAUAAAAGAGGAAAAGUCGAAGGACAUUUAUAUCCCGAUGUUCUUCCAGUCCUGAAAAAACUUCACGAUGAAAACUUGCCAAUUUAUAUUUAUUCUUCGGGUUCAGUUCAUGCCCAAAAGCUGUUAUUUGGUUAUUCGAUAGAGGGAGAUAUCACAAAUGUAAGUUUUAAUUUGUCAAGUUUUCCGUUGACAACCAAAGUUUUCUAGAUUCUUAGCGGCUACUUCGACACCAGAAUUGGAUUAAAAGGCUCAUCCGAAUCUUACACUGCAAUCAGCCAAAAAAUCAAUAUCGCGCCAAACGAGAUUCUUUUCCUAACUGAUGUUCCUGCUGAAGCUGAAGCUGCGAAAACCGCCGGACUUCAAACUUUCCUUGUUUCCCGACCUGGAAAUGCCAACCUCAGCGAUGAAAAUCGAGUUGAUUUCAAAGUUAUCGAAUCCCUUGAUGAAAUUUUGCAAUAA